AUGGAAGAAACAUUCGUCCCCUUCCGUGGAAUUAAUAAUGAUCUUAAAAGAAGGCUUCUAUGCUACAAACAAGACUGGAGCGGUGGACUGCGUGCAGGUAUAAGGAUCCUGGCUCCGACAACAUAUAUAUUCUUUGCAUCAGCAAUUCCUGUUAUAUCUUUCGGAGAGCAACUUGAAAGAGAUACCGAUGGAACCUUAACUGCAGUGCAAACGCUUGCAUCAACAGCACUUUGUGGUGUGAUCCACUCAAUUGUUGGCGGACAACCACUCCUCAUAUUAGGUGUAGCAGAACCAACAGUUAUAAUGUACACUUUCAUGUUCAAGUUCGCAAAAGAUCGAAAAGAUUUGGGACAGAAGCUAUUCUUGGCAUGGACUGGAUGGGUUUGCGUAUGGACAGCACUUUUGCUUUUCUUGCUGGCCAUCUUGGGUGCAUGCUCUCUCAUCAAUCGUUUUACCCGCUUGGCCGGUGAAUUGUUUGGCCUUCUAAUUGCAAUGCUCUUUAUGCAGGAGGCUAUUCGAGGCGUUGUGGAAGAGUUUGGCAUCCCUCGGAGAGGAAAUUCUAGCCAGACUGCUUUGCUUCCUUCCUGGCGCUUCGGAAAUGGAAUGUUUGCUUUGGUUCUGUCAUUUGGCCUUCUUUUAACUGCAUUGAGGAGCCGUAAAGCUAGAUCCUGGCGCUAUGGAACAGGAUGGCUUCGGGGAUUCAUUGCCGACUAUGGUGUCCCAUUUAUGGUGCUUGUGUGGACAGGAGUAUCUUACAUCCCGGUUAAUGAUGUUCCCCAAGGGAUACCACGGCGACUUUUUAGCCCAAAUCCAUGGUCUACUGGUGCAUACUCAAAUUGGACUGUCAUAAAGGAAAUGUUGGAUGUGCCUCCUCUGUAUAUUGUUGGAGCAUUUAUUCCUGCCACAAUGAUUGCUGUACUUUACUACUUUGAUCACAGUGUCGCGUCUCAACUUUCCCAACAAAAGGAGUUCAAUCUAAAGAAGCCUUCUUCUUACCACUAUGAUCUUCUUCUAUUGGGCUUCUUGGUCAUAUUAUGCGGUCUUAUUGGAAUUCCUCCAUCCAAUGGAGUCAUUCCACAAUCUCCAAUGCAUACAAAAAGCNAACAAAACAAAACCACUCGUUCUCGUGAUUUUGUUCAAAAAAAAAUUCUUUCUCUUUUGCGAAAUAAGCUUGUAGCUACAGCUCGAAGCAGCAUGCAGAUAAAUGCAAAUUUAUCUCAGUUGUAUAGGAAUAUGCAAGAAGCUUACAAUGAAAUGCAGACUCCACUUGUUUACCAAACUCCUGCUACUCUGGGACUGAAAGAACUGAAAGACUCCACAGUUCAACGAGCCUCAAGUGGUGGCUACAUAGAUGCACCAGUUGAUGAGUCUGUUUUUGACGUGGAUAAGGAUAUCGAUGAUCUUUUACCUGUAGAAGUUAAAGAACAACGUAUCAGCAAUCUUCUUCAAGCAUUCAUGGUUGGUGGUUGUGUUGCUGCUAUGCCCCUUCUAAAGAAGAUUCCAACCGCAGUCCUCUGGGGGUACUUUGCUUUCAUGGCAAUAGAAAGCUUGCCAGGAAAUCAAUUCUGGGAAAGGAUAUUAUUGCUUUUUACUGCUCCAAGUCGAAGAUACAAGGUGUUAGAGGAGUAUCAUGCAACCUUUGUGGAGACAGUUCCAUUUAAAACAAUUGCCUUUUUCACACUGUUUCAAACGGCUUACUUGCUCCUAUGCUUUGGAAUAACUUGGAUCCCAAUUGCCGGUGUCCUUUUUCCACUGUUGAUUAUGCUUCUUGUUCCGGUGCGUCAGUAUUUGCUUACCAAGUUUUUCAAAGGAGCCCAUCUACAGGACUUGGAUGCUGCAGAAUAUGAAGAAUAUCCGGCUAUAACUUACAAUCUAACCUUUGAAGAUCCUGUAAAUCAGGCAAGAGCCACCAAUAUUGAUAGUGGUGAGAUAUUUGACGAUAUUAUGACAAGAAGUCGGGGUGAGAUACGGCAUGCCUCUAGCCCAAAAGUUACGAGUUGCACCCAAACUCCAUCGGAGGAAAUGAGGUCCAUGUACAGUCCACGUUUGACACAGAAAGCAUAUAGCCCCCGGUUGAAUGAGAUAAGGAGCGAAAGAAGCCCGAGAUCUAGUCAAGGUCUUGAAAUAAAGCAAACUCCAAGUCCUGGUCCAUCAAUACUUGGUCAAACCAGUCAUGCUUCGUCUUCGAGCUGA